AUGCACUGUGAACCCACCCCCAGUGCUAUCCCUGUCUACACGGAUGCAUCCAGUGCAGGCAUACUACCAAAAGAUAACUGGCAAGGCAAGGUGGUUUACAACCAGAGGCAAAAGGAUAUCCUCCAAGCGUGGUUUGAACACAACCCUUACCCUGAUAAAGCUACCAGGAAACAAUUGGCCGAGGAAAUUGGCAUUCCAGAAUCCAAAAUUCAGACUUGGUUUAAAAACCACAGAGUGAUGCAGAGGCAACUGGGAUCCAGAUGCUCCUUAGGAAAAGGCCAAAGCCAGGGAAAGGACCAGCAUCAGCCUUGGACUCAAGAAUACUUCCCAAAAGAAACCAGACAAGACCAGACAUCCAUCAAGAGAUUUCAAUCAACCAUCCUAGUUCAAGCCUUUGAGAGGAACCGAUUCCCUGAUAUUACAACCAGAAAAAAAUUGGCUAAACAAACAGGCAUUCGGGAAUCAAGAAUUCAAAUGUGGUUUAAGAACCAAAGAUGUCUGUACCCAGAGCAACCCAGAAGCGAGCCCGUGAACUCCCUGGUAGAUGGUCCAAACAGGAGACCAGAUCAGACAGCCCCGCAGCGGCAAAUCAACCUGUCCACUCUCCCAGGCUGGUCUCAUUUUCCUUCCACUAAUUCUUCCAGCAGGAACCAAACAUUUCUGCCUGCUCUUCUCCCAUCCCAUGUGUCCUCUGUCCCCUGCAUGAGCCAAGGACCAAGCGUCAUGACAGUGCAGCCCAUGCAGGCUGUGCAGAGAGGAGCAACCUCCCCCUCUCCUCUCACUCUUAGGAAUUACCUGCCAAUACCACCAGCUCCAGGGGGAGACCUCUCUGGUACUCAGACUCCUUCCUGGCCACAAAACCAAGAAAAAUGCCAGAAUGCCAAAGACCAGACUGGCACAGGAAUACUGCAAUUUAAGGACUAUUCUCAGCCGCAUCCUGAGCAUAGAAAACACCAAUUGCGAGAUUUGGGUCAGGUGGACAUAUCCUACAUUACACAACGGUGGGACGAGGCCUGCCAGGCUCUGAUUGCAGAAUGGGAUCCUCGAAGGGACACGCUGAGACAGCCUUAUGCCUGCAACAUACACAGUCAGCUGGAGAACCAUCUCAUCCCCUCAGCCAACUACACCAGCAAUAUGUAGAAACCUCACAUCUUUACAAGGGUUUGCCUUGCUAGAAAAAAAUACCUUUGAAAAAUAUUACUUUGUUAAUUUUCAUUUUGCAUUGUUUUGUUACAUUUGUUUUGCUUGCAUUCCAUGUGUCAAAAGGUGCCUGAGUGAGGUCACAAAAGAUGUACUAGAUGUACACAUACAUCUAGUCCUACAAAGAUACCAGUUUUACCCUAAUACAAACACUUGUGAGGUGGACACCCUUACUGGUGUCACAGUACAUUAUAUGCAAGACUAUCUAGCUAUUUAUACACUAAAGCACAAGUACAGAAUAUUCCAGCAUCAAUAUUUAUGGUCAAAUUGUAGUCAUUAAGUUAUUUUUCCUAGUAUUAAGCUAUUUUUUCAUCACCAAGGCAAUUAAAACUCACAUACAUAUGUAGACACACACAUAUUAAUGGCACAAAUCUACAAAAAAAGAAUCUGAUAUAAAUAUUUGACAGUGUUAACAGCACACAGAGACUAGGUGCCUUAAAAAACUUAUUUUUUCAGUUCUGGAGGCUGGAAGUCCAACAUCAAAGUUUCUGCAGGUGUGGUUUCUUCUGAGGCCUCCCUCUUUGCUACGCUGGGGCCUCCCUGGGUCCUACUGUCUUUCCUCUGGUGCACCUCUUUGUGGAACCGAACUUACUUCCUUGACUUGCAUUUUCUUAGAUUCAAGUGAACUGUGUCUGGCUUAGGUUUUGGUUUACAGAGGGUACCAAAGGCACCAGAGCCAUCCCAGCCUAACGGCCUUCUUGUUUAACUGUUUCAACACCCACUAAAAGCUAUUUGUAAAGUUUCCACUGCCUGCUCUAAAAAUGUUACGAAAUAAUUUGAUUUCCUUAAGUCCGUAUUGUGGACAAUAGCUAUCAAUGAAAUACACAAAUCAUCAGGCACAACAAGCGUCAGCAAGCUUCUCCACAGAGCCCAGAUGAGCUUUGCACAUCUUCAGACACCAAUUUAUGACCUCAUGGCUGGACAGCCCAAGGUGGCAGGUCAUAAACUCAUAA